GUGCAUUUUGGCUUUUCCUUCUUUCCCCAUGUCCCUCCCUGGAAGUUUCAUCCCGAGAUGAAAUAAGGAGAAAAAACGAAAUGAGAGGUUGCGGAGAGCGGUGGGGAGGGGAAGAUGGGAGGCAGAGCUCCCACUUUGCUGCCAGUAUAAAACGCUUGAUGGUAUUUUCUCGCAUUUAAAGCUCGAAGGGUGAAAGCGCGUUACCGCUGCGCGCUGCUCCUCACCGCGGAGCACGGCGGAUCCACGGCAUCAAUUUCCAGAGUGAACUCUUGGUUCCAGGCGUUCUCUGCUGAAGGAUGAACUAGGAAGGCAAGGCCUCUUCCUCUGAACCAUGGAGACAAGGGCAUCUUUCAUUGCCACCAUGCAAGAAACCCAGCGUCUCUCCCCAGAGAAGGGUCAAAGCCCAGCUAAUGGCGACAUGGAGCAGUUUGAUUCAGAUGAGGGCUCCAGUGUUGAGGACACAGACUUCAACUGGGAUGAGUUCCUGGAGGAAACGGGAGCGAGUGCUGCCCCACACACUUCCUUCAAACAUGUUGAAAUCAGCCUUCAAAGCAGCUUCCAGCCAGGGAUGAAAUUAGAAGUGGCCAACAAGACCAAUCCGGACACAUACUGGGUGGCUACAAUCAUUACAACAUGUGGACAGCUCUUGUUGCUUCGUUACUGUGGCUAUGGAGAUGACCGCAGGGCAGAUUUCUGGUGUGAUGUGAUGACGGCAGAUCUUCACCCGGUUGGAUGGUGUACACAGAAUAGCAAGGUCCUGAUGCCUCCAGAUGCAAUCAAGGAGAAAUACAUGGACUGGACAGAGUUUCUCAUACAGGAUUUGACUGGCGCCCGGACUGCACCUGCAAAUUUACUGGAAGGUCCUCUGCGAGGAAAAAACCCUGUAGACCUCAUUACAGUUGAUUCCUUAAUAGAGCUGCAGGAUUCCCAGAAUCCCUUUCAGUACUGGAUAGUUAGUGUGGUUGAAAAUGUUGGAGGAAGAUUACGCCUUCGCUAUGUGGGAUUGGAGGAGACUGAAUCCUAUGACCAGUGGUUGUUUUACUUGGAUUGCAGACUUCGACCAGUCGGUUGGUGUCAAGAGAAUAAAUACAGAAUGGACCCACCUUCAGAUAUCUAUUCUCUGAAGACUAUGUCUGAGUGGAAAUGCGCUUUGGAAAAAUCUCUUAAUGAUGCAGCAAAUUUUCCUCUUCCAAUGGAAGUGUUCAAGGACCAUGCUGAUUUACGCAACCACUUCUUCACUGUGGGCAUGAAGCUGGAGGCAGUGAAUAUGAGUGAGCCGUUUCAUAUUUGUCCUGCAUCAGUGACCAAGGUUUUUAACAAUCAUUAUCUACAAGUGACCAUUGAUGACUUGAGACCUGAACCCAGCAAAAUAUCAAUGCUUUGCCAUGCAGAUUCCUUAGGGAUCUUGCCAAUACAGUGGUGCCUUAAAAACGGAGUCAAUCUCACACCUCCCAAGGGUUACUCUGGCCAGGACUUUGACUGGGCAGACUACCAGAAGCAGUGUGGAGCAGAAGCAGCGCCUCACAUGUGCUUUAGAAGUACAUCCUUCAGCCGUGGCUUUACUAAGAACAUGAAGCUGGAGGCAGUGAACCCCAGGAACCCUGCAGAGAUAUGUGUUGCUUCUAUCACCUCAGUUAAAGGACGGUUAAUGUGGCUUCACCUUGAAGGUUUACAGAUGCCUUCUCCAGAGUACAUAGUUGAUGUAGAGUCUAUGGACAUUUUCCCUGUUGGCUGGUGUGAGGCGAAUGCUUAUAACCUAACUCCACCACACAAAGCUGUUUUGCGAAGGAAGAGAAGGAUUGCAGUGGUGCAACCAGAAAAACAGUUACCAUCCACAGUGCCUGUUGAGAAAAUACCUCAUGACCUCUGCCCAGUUCCUCAGCCAGAUACAACAGGCACCAUCAAUGGGAGAUACUGCUGCCCCCAGCUCUACAUCAACCACCGCUGCUUCUCAGGUCCAUAUUUAAACAAAGGCAGAAUAGCAGAGCUACCUCAGUCUGUCGGGCCUGGCAAGUGCGUGCUGGUCCUCAAAGAGGUUCUCAGCAUGGUGAUCAAUGCAGCUUACAAGCCAGGGAGUGUUUUACGAGAACUGCAGCUAGUGGAAGACCCUCAGUGGAAUUUCCAAGAGGAAACGCUUAAAGCAAAAUACAGAGGGAAGACCUACAGGGCAACUGUUAAGAUUGUGCGGACGUCGGAUCAGGUAGCAGAUUUCUGCAGAAGAGUCUGUGCAAAGUUAGAGUGCUGCCCCAACUUGUUCAGUCCUGUGCUGGUGGCUGAGGUCUGCCCAGAGAAUUGCUCCAUUCAUACUAAAACCAAGUACACUUAUUAUUAUGGGAAGAGGAAAAAAAUCAUUAAGCCACCAAUUGGGGAAAAUAACAGCAUGAAAAGUGGACAUGUCAAGCCAGCCAGACGCAGAAAAAGGCGGAAAUCAAUCUUUGUGCAGAAGAAAAGGAGGUCGUCAGCUGUCGACUUGAAUGCUGCAGGCUCUGCAGAGGAGAGUGAAGAUGAUGAGCCAGAUGCAAUGGAAGAUGAGACAGCAAGCGAAGAAACCAGCUCAGAGCUCCGGGAUGACCAGACAGAUACCUCUUCUGCUGAGGUUCCCUCCACCAGGCCUCGGCGAGCAGUCACUUUGAGGAGCAGCACUGAGUCUGACAGACCUCCCCCCACAGAGAGAGCCCGACGGAGCCGGAGACCACAGCCCCACUCCUAUAGUGAGGUGCAGAAGUGUGAACAAGUCAAGGAAGACAUUAAGCAAGAAGAGGAAGAGAAACUCAUUCUGGACAGUAAUCCGCUGGAGUGGACUGUGACUGAUGUUGUGAGGUUUAUUAAGCUCACUGACUGUGCACCCCUUGCCAAAAUAUUUCAGGAGCAGGACAUCGAUGGCCAAGCCCUUCUACUGCUGACACUGCCCACUGUGCAAGAGUGCAUGGAGCUGAAGCUUGGUCCAGCCAUCAAACUCUGUCACCAGAUUGAGCGAGUAAAAGUUGCUUUCUAUGCACAAUAUGCCAACUGACUGCACUUCUCCUUUGUUUUCUGUUUUCCUUCUUGUUUCCUCUCUUUUUUAACAGUUCAACUUGUUCAAGGGGCUUUUUUCCCCUAUCCAUUUUCUUUUCCAAGAACACAUGGAAUUGGAAGCACUGGGAAUUCAUCUGUAGGGAAGAAAAAAAAAACAACAAACCAAAAAAAACCUGAAACAAACCCACAACAGAAAACCAGCAGCAAGUUGAACUAAUUUUUCUGUACUUGUAAAGCACACCAAAAGACUGCAGGCAUCUCUCCUUCUGAGCCUCUCCAACUCAUUACACAGUGGUGCAAGGCCAGCAUGAAUCAGAUGGUUUGUUGUUUGUUUAAACAGAGCUAUUGAUGGCAGACACAUGCCCAAGGAGAAGAUUCAGACAUUUGCAAGUGAUGAUGGUUUGUCUAAGCCAAUUUCUGAACAUGACCAUUUAUUUUUGUCAAGUCUGACUCACUUCUUUCAUAUUGAAAUGGAAGUCAUCAUUUGUAGCAUUCCCUGGGGUUCACUGCAAAACCUUAUCUUAGUGAUCAACAGGGUUUUUUUCUCCCUCCUCUCCAGUCUUGCAAAAUAAGAAAGUGUCAGACGAGUCACACGCUGUUCAUUCUUCCCAAGUGAUUUAUGAAGGAGGACUCAACUCAUGGUUUAUAUAUGGCAUCAGACAAAGCCACAGUGAACUGACAGGAGUGCAACAAGACCUCAUGCUCAGUAACGUCACAAGCACAGUGAGCUGAAUGUCUGUCUGAUGG